AUGACGCUGCCGGCGACGCACGCGACGCGAAUGACGCCGAGACAGAUUGAAGUCGUGCGCGCGCUCCACGAGAGGUUCACCAAACAUCACAUUAACUCUGGCUGCGUGGUGCGCGAUGCGGAUGAGCUGGAACCGAUCGUGGGGGUGUGCGCGUUCGCGUCGGCGAUGUUGGCGGCGCGGGGCGACGCCGACAAAGAGGCGUCUUUGCUAGUCUUGUGCGCGCCGAACGCGAUUUUGGCGUGGGUGCAGACUCUGCAGACGUAUGGUGUCAGUGGAUUAGAGUCCGCGCGAGGCGUGACGCAGAGCGAAAGGGCGUUGACUCGAGUCAAGAGCGGCGCCGCGUGCGCCCUGGUGAUGUCGCACGACACGUAUAGAAACGCGGUGCAUGACGUGAUCCAGGUGCCUUGGGCGAUGUGCGUCUACGAUGAAGUCCACCGUUUGAAGUCAGACAAGAGUAAAGCGUACGAAGCGGCGCAUCUGCUUCACAAGAAGGUUUUCCGUGUCGGGUUGUCCGACCAACUUUUCACGAACUGCAACGCAUCGGAGCUUUGGAGCGUGAUGAACUGGAUAGUGCCUUGGCGACUCGGCGAUCGCAACCUGUACGACUCUUACUUCGUCAAGCCGAUCAACGAUGGGCAUAGAAAUGUCCACACGGAUGUCGCGCAACAACGUACGCGCGAAUUGCACGUGCAUCUGUCCGCGGCGAUGACGCCGGGCAUCGGCGAAGCGCAACUGUUUAGACAGUACGCACCAGACGUCGAAGGCACCGACGGUUCCGCUACGACAGCCCACAAAGCGCUCGAGGCGCUGGCGAGCUUUGAGAAUUUGCCGGUCGCCGAAAUGGCGGCCAAACUACUCGCGAUGGACAAGCGCGGGCGCGACGCGCUGCGCUGUCGAGUCAUCGCGAGCGAACUCGGCACGUUCGCCACCGUUCUCGAGCAAUGGCAGAAAGAAAACGACGACGUGAAGUGA